GUCUGGAGAUCCGGGAGCGGAGCGGCUGAGGAGGAGCGGCCGACAGCAGCGCACACCCAUCGGCUUUCAAGCAGAGGUGGAGGUGCGCGGGGAGGCCGGAGGAGACGGACUCAUAAACAACACCCACGAUGGCACUAGCCAGGGAUUCAGGGGCUGGCCAGGAGCAGAGAGAUGCGGCCGACCAAAACUUUGACUACAUGUUCAAGCUGCUGAUCAUCGGCAACAGCAGCGUGGGAAAGACCUCCUUCUUGUUCCGCUACGCGGACGACUCCUUCACUUCAGCCUUCGUCAGCACGGUGGGCAUCGACUUCAAAGUCAAGACCAUCUACAGGAGCGACAAGAGGGUCAAACUUCAGAUCUGGGACACAGCAGGGCAGGAGCGCUACCGGACCAUCACCACAGCUUACUACAGAGGAGCCAUGGGAUUCCUGCUGAUGUACGACAUCACAAGCCAGGAGUCGUUCUGCGCCGUGCAGGACUGGGCGACCCAGAUCAAGACGUACUCAUGGGGCAACGCUCAAGUAGCGCUGGUCGGCAAUAAGCUGGACUUGGAAGAAGACAGGCAGGUCCCCACUGAAGACGCCCAGAGACUGGCUACAGAGCUUGGCUUCCAGUUCUUCGAGGCCAGUGCCAAAGACAACAUCAACGUGAAGCAGGUUUUUGACAAGCUGGUGGACUCCAUCUGCGAAAAGAUGAACGAGAGCCCCAACGGAGACGCCAGUCCGUCAGCCAAUAACCAGGGAGCCGACCUGAAGGAGACGCCCCGCAGCAGCCAGGGUGGCUGCGCCUGCUGAUGGCUCGCAGUGGAAAUCAUAGUCACACACACAGAUUAACUGAUCUAUCAUUGUGAAUGUACUUUACUUUAUGUCACUAUCAUGGACGCUUGGCUCCUUUCUUCUAGCCGUUUGAUCUUUUCCCAACUUGGUGGCGACUCUUCAUCAUAAUUUGAAUGUGACUGUUACACCGAGAUGCCAAAGAGCUGCGCUGAGCAGCUGUGCCUUCCUGCUUUAUUCCUUCUUGUCUGGUGGCUGAACAGAACCUGUAGCAGUUGAAUGAAAGGCAAUGAACUGAAUCAGCAUGGCACGGGGAUCUCUGUGAUUUACUUGAGUCGUGCUACCCCCUAGUGGGCGUUGCAUGGAAAUGCAUCACUGUGACUCGUUGCCGCACACUGUGAAUCCUGUGAACUUGUUCCAUGUGACCCUGCUGAGGGAGAAGUGCUAACAGCACAGUGCAAAGUCAAACAUAGCUGAGGUCAAACACAUCUGAAAGGUGCCGCAUCAUCCCAGGCUUCUGUGCGUAGUCCAGACUUGUUAUUACUGUUUGGGGGGAAUAUUCUCAUUUGCUUUUAAUUUAUUUUUUUCUUUUUUUUUCUUUUUGUACUUUUAAUGGUUAAUGCUGGUUCAGUAUUUCCUUUUCCAGGUUUGUUGUGUCCCUCUAAAAGUUGAGAUUAAAACA